GACCACGUGUAGCUCAGCCAGCCUCCCAGACAACGUGCUCAAUGCUUUGAGUCUAGAAGGAUCCUGCUCUGCAAUGAAGAUGGAGGCAGCAGGAAAAGCAGAAGAACUUGUUGAUUCAGAAGUUCCACCAAAGACUUCUGAAAAGCAAGAGACUGCUGCUGAUGAAGAUGGACCUAUAGAACUUGAGACACAAACUCAGAAGGACAGCGUGGCCACUGCAGCAGACUCUGCAGUGCUCUCUUCCAUGCCUUGCUUGCUGAUGGAACUGCGGCGGGACUCCUCGGAGUCCCAGCUGGCAUCUACAGAGAGUGACAAGCCAGCGGGUGGCCGAGUUUAUGAGAGUGACUCUUCUAACCACUGCAUGCUUUCUCCUUCCUCCAGUGGGCAUUUGGCUGACUCAGACACAUUGUCUUCCGCAGAGGAGAACGAGCCCUGCCAAGCUGAAGCCACCACGGAGGGAGACCCUUCUGCGGUAUCCGGGGCUGCGGUCGGCAGGAAAUCCAGGAGAUCAAGGUCUGAAAGUGAAACUUCAACAAUGGCUGCCAAGAAGAACCGACAGUCUAGCGAUAAGCAGAACGGCAGAGUUACCAAGGUAAAGGGUCACCGGAGCCAAAAGCACAAAGAGAGGAUCCGGCUGCUGAGGCAGAAGCGGGAGGCAGCUGCUCGUAAGAAGUACAACCUGCUGCAGGACAGCAGUACCAGCGACAGUGACCUGACCUGUGACUCCAGCACGAGCUCAUCAGACGACGACGAAGAGGUUUCAGGGAGCAGCAAGACAAUCACUGCAGAGAUACCAGCUGGCUUCAGUCGUGCUGGGGGAUCUGGAGGAGCGACCAGGGAAAUUCCAGGAUUGCUUGACAGGGGCACCGUGUGGGAUAGGAACUGCAUAGGCAAUGUCCUGGAAGAGGCCAUGAACUGCUUUGCCGAGAUGCAGAGGCAGACAGAGGAGAAAUUCCGCAUGUGGAUAGAAAAGCUAACCCGUCUUGACACGGACGAAGAAAGCAAGCAACAGCUGGAGCCCAGGGAACCUAAAAUCCAACUAGUUGGCCAAAGAAUCCCCCCUACCACACAGUCAGGGGCUUUUGUGCAGAUGCCUGAUAGCCAAGUACUUCCUCAGCAGCCGUUUAAUUCGUACGUGGGCUAUCAAAAUGCUGAUGSUGCGCUAGAGUUUCCAGCGACUUUUAAUAACAAUUUUCCACCUGUCUUUCCAGAGAAUGGGAAUAUGGCAGAGCCUGAUCCGAAUCAAUCAUAAACUUUAAAAAAAAAAAAAAUUAAAAAAAAAUUCUGAUCUUUGCAAUCUUGAUGUUAUUUUGGAUUAUGCUAAAAACGAGRUUUGCUUUUUCUCUUUGUAUGUGUUUGUUUUGUUUUCUCUUUUGGGUUUUAUUACCAUGAUAUUGUUUGUUUUCCUUAAUUUAUAGUGACUAUAUGUAGUUUUAAAAUAUCACAGUAUACUCACCUGCAUGUGCCAGUACACACGUAUAAACACCUUUAAAAGUGUGUGUGGGGAGCACCCUAAGCUUUCAUUGCCAAACUUGGGGAUAUAUAAGUUAGUACCCUUGUUUAGAUACCCUAAAAGCAGUAGGGCUGUGUUUGCUACAAUAGGAGCAUUCAGGGUAUUCAUCCAGAUGCCCUUUUUGCAUGUUAAAACAUUUAUAUAAGGAAAUAAGUUUUAUAUUUAAAGAGGUAAAGCACYCUGGAGAUCCAAACUAGAUACAGACCCGUGACAUAUCCUUAACUCUYUGUUUACUCCCAAGGUUUGGAGCUUGAACAAUGCCAUACAUUAGCUCCUUCUCCUUCAUUUUUAGGCAGACCCAAUAAAUAAGCUUAUCCUAAAAAUUUAGCUAUCUGUAACAAGUGUGCACAGCGGAUUUCAUUCCUUUUUGUCUCCCAUUUAGCAGUUCCUUCCCUGUCCAGAGUUUUUAUCAGUGUCACUGCUUGUUGCACGUGGCACGUUUAUGGAAGCAGCUGUCUUACCCAUGUGCACACAGGUGGAUACACAACAUCUGUAUGUGUUUGGUUUGGGUGCAAGUCAUCUCCACUAAUCCAGGUGUGUGCUUUGCUGUUCCCUGGGUCUCACUGGGAAGAGAUAAGCCCWCACCGAGGAUGCCUCCUGGCAGUGUCUUUCUCUCCCAUGAGCUGUCCCAAACCUGGCUUAUCAGCAGUCSCUAAGAGAUAACUUUUGGGUGAGGCGAGCUGAGAUGAGUCACCCCAGCCCGUGCACACAGAGCAGCGCUGCUUCCUCCUGUUAAUAUGGCCCAGCCGCAUCCUUCACGCUGRAAUAAAAACAGUCCUGUCUGCCCUCAGAUAAGCAGCCAUCAGGGCAUCAUCCUCAGCACAGGAAUUUAAAGGAAGGUUUGAUAAGUAAACACUGUGGUGAUCUGAUGUCCGCUGGCUUGGGUCAGACYGGACCUCAUGCGAACACUGCUGAAAUCACUCUUCACUUGUGAUGGGGAAUGCCACAGCAUCAGUUUUGUUUAAAUAAUACAGGAAUCUGAYUUUUUGUGGAUUCUUUUUUUUUAUACUAAUAGUUAUCCUGAAUAGGCGGCUUGAAACUGUGAUGUUUAAAGUAGGAUUAAUUUAAACUAUGUGCUAGAAGUAUUUAAUUCUUACUAUUAUUGCUACACACAGGGAUUUUUUGGUCACCUCUCCAUUAAGGCCUUCCUUCAUGUGAAGUAACUUCUCUAUAGCUACCAAAAAAUGUGUAUUUAUCAUCAGGUAGAACUUGAUAAAAGUUUCUAAUGAAAAUUAAAUCUAAUUUUUUACAGUGGAAAAUGCACAUUUGCAGUUUAAGUAAAUAAAACACUUAGUUCUCCUUUAGCUCUGUUCCUCUGCUUUUUAAACCACAAUCACUUUUUUCCUAAUUAUUUUAGUUUAAUUUCUUUUCCUCCUGUUGGGAGUAACCACAGUGUCUUCKGUAGGUCAGGCUUUUUUUUACCCUCCAUGAAGUCAGUGGGAGUUUUUCCAUCAAUUUAUGUGACAGUUUGGAUCAAACCUGUAACAGGAACUCAAGAAAUACUUUUUGUUAUCAGUAUAAUAUCGACACUGGUAUUUUAACAUUCUUGUCCUAGUCUUACUUUUUUUUUAAAGUAUAYGAUGCCUUCUUUUUUCAUAAGAAAAAUAUUAGGUUAGAGACCUGUUUUAUUUUAAGWGAACGAUUUGAAAGACUAUUCAGGAAAUAAUUUUUAAGUACUGGGAUGAAUUCUUUUCAGAUUAUCUUCAUGCAUAAUUUUGAUACAAAGAUUUUGAUAUGAACAUGCUAGAAAACUCCCUCAUCUGAAAUUGUGUGCAUUUCAGGUAAAAGUUAAACAAGUUGUUCUAUGUUGGAUUGCAAUUUAAUAAACUUAUCCUCAUCURUCUAAAAAGAUCUUUCAGGGAAGAGUAUUUGCUGAUAUAAAAAACCCACCAAAAUGGAUCCUUCUGGUGUUCAUAGAUUUGAUAUAUAGAUACAUAUAUAUAAAAAUAUCUUGAUGAUGAUGAUAAGAGCAGGAUAUUUUAAAGCAUGACAACUUUGCAAAUCUUCCCAUGCAUGCAGGAGCAGCKUUUUGCAGUGACUGGUUUAUUUUAAUGUGUUAUGUCUGUAAGCAUGCCCAUAUCUUUUUUGUAAAAUAGUAUAAAUGGAACAAUUAGGUAUUUCAGAACAAAUUGUGUAAGGAGUUCAGUUGAACUUAUUUAUCUGUCAGACUGAAACACCUUUACAUAGGUAUCUCAUAAAUGGACAAUAACUUAAUUAGGUAUGUAGCCAGUGAAAUUUCUGCCAAUAUGCAGUGUCUUGGUCAGGAGUUGUUAAAAAAAAAAAAAAAGAAAGAAAGAAAGAAAAGAAAAAUACUCAGCAUAUGAAUAGAUAAAAAUGUGGAUUUGGUUACUGGAGGCAAAAAUUUAAACCUUUUAUUUUUAUCCAUCACUGCUAAAUGUGAUUUUCAAUGCAAGCAGCUGUGAACAUAAAAGAACAAGCAAAGGGUGACAGAAGCUGAGAAUACAGACUUUAAAGCUGUACUCUUUCAGGAUAAAAUAAUCUCAAGGCUCUCAGAAGACUGAGGGAAUAGUUCCUAUUAGUUAUAAUUUUAACUUAAUUUCCCAAAAAAUCUUCCUAGUUGAAGGAUAAAAACUCCUGUGCAAGAUCAGGGGUUGUAAAUUGUUUAAUAAAUGGUAAAUAAUGUUUCCUUUGGUCACUCUUUCCUCUUGGCUCAAAACCAGAGCAGAAUCUUUAGCAUUGUCACAAACCAUCUCCUGUGAAAUGAAAAGUGUGCGCUGAUGUGCAUAGCUGGGUAUUUGCUCCAGGAUCUGGUUUUUCACAUGGGGAAGUAAAUUUGACCUGAAAAGAAGAGGGGAACCCCACCUUUCUGUUGUUCAGAUGUAGCGUUACCUGAUGARGGAUUUGCUAAUAAAGAGGAGCAAUUCUCUUCUUGCUCUGUAUUCUGAGUCUGGGAGUGCAGAGCCCUGAAGGAACCAAUCUCCAGAUACCAAUACUAGUGAUGAGUCUGUGUUCUAAUUGUGUGACAGUCUUUGGCGUCACUUUGAGACAACAGAUUCCCUAUUUGUAGUUUCAGAUUAUAUUUUUUUUUCCUCCUGGGAAUGUUUUCACUAUAUUUUUAUGACAUGGCUGCAGUUGAGUUUGUCAUGAUUUCCAUUAUAAGCUCUUAUUUUCAAAGGGCUUCGACUAGAAACCCUCAGGGAGUUAAAAUUUCUUCRGCUGAAAUUUUAACAUAAAUUUUUAUCUUACCCAUUCUGUAUCUCAUGAAAACAGUCUGACUUAUCUAAGACUACUUGAGGACUAUCAGAAUGAAAUUCAUCUACUUUCCAACCCCGAGUUACAUUUUGAAUGUACAUUUAUGCUCACAUCUCAUCAAGGUACUUCAAAACCAYCWAAUUUAAUAAGCAGGGGAGAAAUCAGUGGGAGUUUUGCACCAACAUGGAGAGCCACAGGUAAUUUAGAGUUUCUCUAAUUGCCCCAGGAUUUAUACUUUAGAAUGGUGUAAAGAAACAUUCCAGUUCCUUUUAGGAAUUUUACUUAUGGUUUGAAAAGGUCAGGUGCAUCGAGUCAGAUAAGCUGGGAUAGACUGGUGUGAUUCCAGGGAUGAUGGUGCCAGUUAAAACCUAGCUGACCUGUUCAUGGAAUCGUGGAGUGGUUUGGGGUUGGUAGGGACCUUAAAGCUCAUCCAGUCCCACCCCUUGUCAUGGCAGGGACACCUUCCACUGUCCCAGGUUGCUCCAAGCCCCAUCCAGGCUUUGGACACUGCCAGGGAUCCAGGGGCAGCCUCAGCUUCUCUGGUUCGGGCUCCUAUAUUAUCAUUUAAAAUAUUGAAUUACAUGUUUUCAAUGGGGCAGCUGUUCAAGYAUAGGAGCAGUGGAGCACCUGUAUGACCCCGGAUUUAGCAGCAGG